CCUCCCCCCUCCUCCUACCUGCUCUGUUCUUCCUCCUCUUACUCGCCUCUCCUUCACCCCACCCUGUCGCGUGUCCGACCCGGGGGCACUCUCCGUGUCGCACGGGCGCUGGAGCGCAGGGACCCGACCGCCGGCCGCGGAGGGAGGAUGGCGCUCGAGGCACUGCGCUUGGGGCUGUUGCUCCUGGUCUGCUGGGACUCGGCAGCCUCUUUGAACACUCAGUUUGCUCACCCUUCAGAAUACAGAACACCAAACUGCGAUCAGUAUAAAUUACCAGGAUGUCCCAGGGACUUUAACCCCGUGUGUGGAAGCGACAUGUCCACGUAUCCCAAUGAGUGUACUCUGUGCAUGAAAAUCAGGGAAGAUGGUCAUGAUAUUAAAAUAAUCCAAAGUGGACCAUGCUAAUGGAACAGUUCACAGAAGAGAAAUUGGAGAAACCACCUUUAACUGCACACUAAAUGCAUUUCAUCUUCCCUUUUUCUCUUUUCCUAUGUUACUUUGUGUGAAAUACGUUAACCCACAUUUUCUGAGGUGAGGUAUGGAAGAGAGCCAUGGACUGUGACUAAUAAUUAAA